AUGGCACCACCUACUCAUACGAAUUUGAUGCGCAAUUUACUACGAGCCAUACAAGAGUUGAGCAGGCAAAAUCAAGUACCUCCACCACAAAAUGUACCGCCACAGCAGAAUGCACCACAUUUUGCCCCUGGAGCUGUCUCAGUGGUUGAGCAGUUUGGUAGGUACAAGCCUUCCACUUUUGACGGUAAUUCUGAACCACUGGUUGUCGAAGAGUGGAUAAGAGGCCUGGAGCCCAUAUUUCGACACAUUGCUUGUGCGGAUGCACAGAAAGUAUUAUGCGCAGAAUUUAUGUUGAUUGGAGCAGCUGGUCACUGGUGGGAAUCUGUUUCACGUACAAGGAUGGAAGAGCAGCAACGCUUUGAGGGACUUCAAGGAAUCAGAAUUUCUGCAGCUCAGACAGGGAACAUGUCACUUACUGAUUAUGAAAGACAGUUUGAGCAGCUCUCAAGGUAUGCCCCGCACUUGGUGGAUACAGAAGUUAAGAAAAUUAGGAGGUUCGAGAAUGGACUGCGCCCUGAGAUCGGCAUGAUCAUUAUGUCCCAUCGUUUCACCUCAUAUCGUGAAAUGUUGGAGAGGGCUCAUGCUAUUUCAUAUCAGAGGAUCUCAUUUGAACAGUAUGCCCAGCAGAGCAAGGAGUCGUUGGGGAAAAGGAAGUGGAGUGAUCAAGGUAAGAACAGACAUAACUGGCACAAUAAAAGGCCAAGCACAGGAGUUCGUAUUGGUGGGACGAGUGGGAGUAUUACACCCUAUCCUAAGUGUAAUAAACUCCACAGGGGUGAAUGUUUACUUGGGAAGAACAUGUGUUUCCGGUAUGGUAAACCCGAACACAUUGCUCUCAACUGCACAGAGCCUCCAAAGAGGAAAGAUGAUGAUCAAGACAAGAAUAAGAAAGCAAAGGCUCGAGUUUUUGCACUGAAUCAGCAUGAGGCGGAGCAGGAUCCGAAUGUGAUUGCAGGUAUUCUGUUAUUAUCUAAUGUACCCGCUUACAUACUUUUUGAUUCUGGGGCUACCAAUUCUUUUAUCUCUACAUCCUUCGUCGCUAGGUUAAACCUUGCAUGUGUGAAAACGAAUUAUGAAUUAGAGGUUGGCAUCCCUUCAGGAAGAACUCUUUGUACAAAUCGGAUGACUAAGGCUAUAAAGUUAGAGAUUGAUGGGAAAAUAUUACAAGUAGACUUAUACCUUUUGGAGAUGAAAAAUUUCGAUGUUAUUUUGGGCAUGGAUUGGUUGGGACUUAAUCAUGCGACCAUUCGAUGUCACGAGAAAGAAGUAUUGUUUCACAGAUCGGGAGAAGAAGAAUUUCGUUUCUUUGGAGCAAAGUUCAAGUCUUUGCCUAGUCUUGUAUCAACUAUUCAAGCGGAAAAGAUGUUGAAAAAAGAGUCAUGUCAAGGAUUUCUAGUUAAUAUCACCAGUCCCCAACAUCCAGAAACGACUGUUAAUGAUAUUAACAUUGUGCAAGAUUUUGCAGACAUAUUUCCAGAAGAUUUACCAGGCAUUCCAUAA